AUGUUCUCUAUAUUACCUUACUUUAAAGUUCUUAUAAAAAUCACUGGUUGUAGUCAUUUGAAUAAAGAAGUGAUUAAACUAGGAGAUCCAACUCAAUAUAUAAACAUCUAUAUGGCCAAAGUACUUGAAAGUGAGACAUCUAUGGGACAUUUAUUAAAAUUAGAUGAUCAUGUAAUAUAUAUUGCUGAAGAUUGUUAUGUACAAACAUCUAUAAGUGAUAUAGUUUGGGUUUCAUCUAAACAACUAAUUAGAUUGAAUAUAAAUGACACUACUUAUCCUGCUGAGAAGUUAUUUAAUCUCAUGAUUUGGCAACUUGCAUGGAAUCCCUUAUACGACCUAUAUAUACACAGUAGUAAAUCUAUUUUAUCUUCACCUUUUCCUAUAUUAUUAGUAGUCCCAAAUCUUGAUAUAGGUUUAAUUUAUGCUUAUCCAUAUCUUUUAAGAGAUAUUCCAGUAUGCCUUUUACAAUGCAAUUCUGAGUCUUCAAAUAUAUCUCAGAAUGAAAUAGAAACUUCAUUUCGAGAAUUAAUAAAAAUAUUUGUUUUUUCAAAUACAAAAUCUAUUUUAUUUCAAUUGUCAGAAUUUACUCAAUAUCUUGGAUUUACUAAUGUUAUUGUAGUUCCUAAUAUGGAUAAUCAGCCUUAUGUAGUUAGUGUUGCACUUGCUAGUGUAUCUGUACAUGGUUACAUAGCUUUUGGAAGUAAAGUAGAGCAUUUUAAUAACUUAGAAUGCUCUAUAAUGUACCAAAAACAAUGUAUCAUGGCAUUUUUCAGCCAGAUACAUGAUCCACAAAUCUGGGUUGAGGCGUAUAUAAAGACUUGCAAAGAUAAGCAGAAUUUAAAUAUUUUAGAACUUAAACAGAUUAGUCAAAAUUCAGAAAAUUCACAUAUUAUUAAGAAAAAAAAUGCAAUAGCCUCAGUUAUAGUUGAAAUCUAA